UCCUCCAUGGAAACAAGCGAGGAGAAAGGAGGAGCAGUUCGCCUGGAACAAGCCUCUGCGCUGACUCCCCAUUGUACCAACUUAAUAACCGCAUGAAUAAUUCAUUAAACUUGCUAACGCACAUUAAGACAAAGACAUAUUUUAGUCAGAUAGCUAUCAUUUUUUUACCGCCUCGGCUCGUGUGGACGUUUAGCCAGCCUCAUAACGAGCCAUGGCGGAGCGAAGUGGCCGGCUGAGCCUCGGUGGAGGGGGACUCAACAGACCCGUGCCUAUGAACCUGUUCGCCACAUGGGAAAUAGAUGGAUCUUCCCCGAGUUGCAUCCCGAGGUUGUGCAGUCUGACUCUGAAGAGGUUGGUGGUCCUGAGGGAGCUGGACAAGGAACUCAUCUCUGUGGUCAUCGCUGUCAAGAUCCAGGGUUCCAAGAGGAUCCUGAGGUCCCAUGAGAUAGUGCUGCCCCCUAGUGGCUCAGUGGAGACUGACCUGGCUCUCACCUUCUCACUGCAGUACCCUCACUUCCUGAAGAGUGAGGGUAACAAGCUCCAGAUCCUGCUGCAGAGGAGGAAGAGAUACAAGAACAGGACUAUCCUGGGAUACAAGACCCUGGCUGUAGGAACCAUCGAUAUGGCUGAGGUGAUGCAGCACCCUACGGAGGGGGGGCAGGUUCUGUCUCUGUACAGUAACCAGAAGGAGAUGCUGGGUAAAGUAGCAGAUAUCUGGAUCUUCUCACUGUCCAGUCAGCCCAUAGACUACGAGGAGGCCGCUCUGCAGGAGGGAACCAAGAUCAAAUGCUCAGAUAACUACUCGGAGGAGGAGUAUGAGAGUUUCUCUUCAGAGCAGGAGGCCAGCGACGACGCUGUUCAGGGUCAGGACCUGGAGGAUGAUGAGUAUGAGGUGAGGAAGAAGAAGCAGAGAAGGUCCAUCGUAAGAACAGCUUCAAUCACCAGGCAGCAGAACUUUAAACAGAGAGUUGUGGCUCUGCUGAAGAGGUUUAGAGUCUCAGACGAGGUUUUGGACUCGGAGCAGGACCCGGCAGAACCCCCUCCAGAGGUAGAGGAGGAUCUGGACCUCGAGAGUCUGGAGUUUGAGAACCCCAGUGACAGUGGACCAGAACUAGACGAUGACGACAGUGUCCUCAGCACCCCAAAACCCAAGCUCAAGCCAUAUUUCGAGGGCCUUUCUCUCUCCAGUUCUCAGACAGAGAUCGGCAUCCACACCAGCCCGGUGGAACCAGGCCAGACUGAGAGCAGCGAGGCCACGUUCCAGGUGGACAGUGUCUCAGAGAAGGGCUCAUAUCAGGAAGAGCAACCAGAGGCAGUGACCCCCACUACAGAGCUGGAGAUGGACAACAUGGACACCUUCCUGGAGAAACUGCCCCCUACUGGCAAGAUGAAGAAGACCGAGUCCCUCAUCAUCCCUUCUAACAGAUGGCAGGAACCUAAGUUGGCGGGGAGGAGAGGGAGGAGUACAUCCCUAAAGGAGCGCCAGCCCAACAGACCACAGAACGAGAGAGCCAACAGCCUGGAUAGCGAACGCUCCCUUGACACACACUGCCAUCUACAGAUCCCCAGGAAGACCGUGUAUGACCAGCUGAACCACAUCCUGGUGUCUGACCACCAGCUACCUGACAGCAUCAUCCUCAUCAACACAUCUGAUUGGCAGGGCCAGUAUCUGUCAGGCGUUCUCCAGAACCAGCACCUCCCGGUGGUGUGUACCUGUACUACAGCAGACAUCCAGGCCGCCUUCAACACCAUCGUCUCACGCAUACAGAGAUUCUGUAACUGUAACAGCCAGACGCCCAUCCCCAUAAAGAUAGCUGUGGCUGGAGCCCAGCACUACCUCGGUGCAGUCCUCAGGCUGUUUGUUGACCACCUCUCUUACAAGACCCCUGAUUGGCUGGGUUACAUGAGGUUCCUCAUCAUACCACUGGGAUCUCACCCAGUCUCCAAGUACCUGGGUACCAUCGACUAUCGAUACAACAGUUUAUUCCAGGACACUGCGUGGAGGGACCUCUUUCACAAGCCCGACGCUCCAGUCGUAGUGCAGGAGAGUCCAGAUGUGGUUUCCAGGGUAACCCAGUAUAUGGUCGGGGCCAACGGAGUUCACCAGGUCCCCAUCGCUGAGGCCAUGCUCACAUACAAACAGAAGAGCCCAGACGAGGACUCUUGUCAGAAGUUCAUCCCCUUUAUCGGGAUGGUGAAAGUUGGACUGGUGGAGCAGUCAUCGGCAACAUCAGGUGACUCGGACGAUGCAGCUCCCAUGGCGACAGCCCUCCUCUCCUUCACCCCUCCUCAGGUGGCCCCCGCCCUGAAGGAAGCCACGCCUACCCCUCCCUCCUCCCCCUCUGUCAACACAAGCUUCAACUCAUACAGUUCUCCCCAGGGGGAGCUGAUGGGACUACAGGUGGACUACUGGGUGGCUCCCUCCCCGGCUGACAGGAAGAGAGACGUGGAGAAAAGGGACUCGUCCUCCUCCAAGAACACUCUGAAGUGUACGUUCCGCUCGCUGCAGGUCAGCAGGCUCCCCCAGGCCGGGGCCCAACCACAACCCGCCAUGUCCAUGACUGUGGUCAUGAAGGAGAAGAACAAGAAGGUAAUAUUCCUGCCAAAGAAGACUAAAGACAAGGAUGUGGAGUCUAAGAGCCAGGUGAUCGAUGGCAUCAGUCGACUGAUCUGCACUGCCAAGCACCAGCAGACCAUGCUGAGGGUGCUGAUUGACGGCGUGGAGUGGAACGACGUUAAGUUUUUCCAGUUGGCGGCACAGUGGUCGUCACACGUCAAACAUUUCCCCAUCGGGAUCUUCGGACACAGUAAAGGGCCUUACUGACAAGCGGCGCGUUGCCAUAGUAGCGGGCACCGUUACCAUAGAGACUCAUCUGGAACGGAGGACAGCGUCCCCUCCCUCAUGUGCCAAUAGCUUUUAUAAUAGCCAAACCCCCUCCCGCACAUCUUAGACUGGUCCCAGAUCUGUCUGUGCUCUUUCCAACUCCUAUGGUCAAUUGUCAAACCCAACGUUGGCACGGCAGCACAAACAGAUCUGGGACCAGGCAACACACAUCUGCCCACCCCACUGUCUUAAUUUAAGCCCCAGAUGUACCUAUUGUUUAUACUUCUGUGUUUGUUGUUGUGUUCAUACUAAAAGUUACCAAGGCGUCGGCUGUCAGGAGAUUUGUUUCUCACCAAGUUUUUUUUUUUAUAUCUGAUUUUUUUUAUACACAAAGCCGAGCGGAAACCUAAUUAAAUAAAUCGUUUGGAAAAACUCCUCUAUAACUAGCGAUGCGUAACAUUUCGCCCUCCCUCCCGCUCUUUGCUUUUUUUCUAAUGUGGCAAAGAUAGAUUGUUUCAAACACUUUGCCAGGCACAAUUUAACAAGAUAACUUUGUGACCAAAAGGCCCUGAAACAAUGGAAGAUGGACAACACAUAAAAGAGGAAGUGGUCUGGAUCCUGGACUGAAACCAUUCUAGAACACCUCGAGUCCUGGGGUGUAUUCAUUAGGAACCAAACAGAAGCAAACAUAAUGGGAAACAGGAAAGGAACCUACCUGAAUUUGUCCAAAAUAAAACUAUUUCGUUGCUAAACGUUUUCCCGUUGCACUGCGGGUUUGCUACACUGUGCACUAAUGAAUACUCCCCUAAGGACAGUGACUCCUGUUGUUGUAGCGGGUCACUGAGACCCUUCUGCACUCAUCGGAAGAAGACUGACAUGUACAAUAGACUUACUGUAGCCUGAAAUACAGACCUGUUCUGUGCUAUUAUUCCACUCUUUUUUUCCCUUCUUUUUAAAACUCUGUGUCAUAUGUUUGGCAAUGACAAGGAGUGGAAUGAUGGCACAAACAGACUGGUACCCAGGCUACAAUGUGCUGCAUAUGUCCCGUACAUCCAAUCAAAUAUAUGUAAACACAAAUCAUAAUUGAGAUGGAACUGACCCUGCACUAACUAAUGGUUGGUGCAUCUCUCUCUCUCUCUCACUUUCUUUUUCCAUCUUCCCUUCUUUUGAAAGGGAGCCGUGGGUGUGCCACCAGCAGAGAUAACAUAUCACCGGUCCCGUCCUCGUACCCUAAAUCUCUUUAUCUCACAGCAACCACACAUCUUCUAGGCUGAAUACUAGACAGACUGCAGCUCACUCAUUACCUGCUACCAGAGCCCACGUGUGUCGCUAGAGAGUUUGGGAACUCAUGACGUUUCUGCCGUUGGUGCGUUUUACAUGACACGUCAACGUUCUAUAGAAGCCAUGUUAGCUCCUUCAUUAAACGUUACACACGGAAUAUUUAAAUCAUGUAACUGAAUGUGUAGGAUUACAACAAUAUUCCACAUUGUAAAAGCCCAGCUUCUCUAAACGCAGUACAUUUGGACCUCUUGACUUUUUUUUGUGUUGUUGCUAGGUUACAGCCUUAUUCCCUCAAUUUCAUGGCUUGUUUUUUUUGUGUUGUUGCUAGGUUACAGCCUUAUUCCCUCAAUUUCAUGGCUUGUUUUUUUUGUGUUGUUGCUAGGUUACAGCCUUAUUCCCUCAAUUUCAUGGCUUGUUUUUUUUGUGUUGUUGCUAGGUUAUAGCCUUAUUCCCUCAAUUUCAUGGCUUGUUUUUUUUGUGUUGUUGCUAGGUUACAGCCUUAUUCCCUCAAUUUCAUGGCUUGUUUUUGUUGUUUUUUUUUGCUCUGACAUGCCCUGUCAACUGUGGGACCUUAUAUAGACAGGUGUGUGCCUUUCCAAAUCAUGUCCAAUUAAUUGAAUUUACCACAGGUGGACUCCAAUCAAGUUGUAGAAAGAUCAUCUCAAGGAUGAUCAAUGGAAAUAGGAUGCACCUGAGCUCAAUUUCGAGUCUCAUAGCAAAGGGUCUGAAUACUUAUUUACAUAAGGUAUCUGUUUUUACAUUUUUAUAAAUUAGCAAACAUUUAUAAAAAAAAACUACAUUUUUAAAACUAUUCUCGCUUUGUCAUUAUGGGGUAUUGUGUGUAGAUGGAUGAGGAUUUUUAUUGAUUUAAGGCUGUGACGUAACAAAAUGUGGAAAAAGUCAAAGGGUCUGAAUACUUUCCGAAGGCACUGUAUAUGACUCUGUUUAGUUUGCUACUUACCUGCGCCUUAUGAUAAUCUACUACUACUACUACUACUACUUAAUGAAAGAAGAUGGGGUGGGACUACGUGAACUUGUCCAAUAAGAAACUUGUUUCGCAACCGUGUACCACUAAUGAAUACAGCACUGAUGCCAACUAGCUGUAGCUCACAAAGGCACAUAGACAGGCAUUGUAAUCUGUCAUAUUUCUGAGCUGAACAGACAUUUAAAAAAAGAAAGUAUGGCUAAUUUAAAUGCGUGCAUUAAAUCCAUACAAUACAACUGCACUACAUUGUUGUGUAAGAUCAGAUCGUCCUUACUUUUGCUUGAUCUCUCAGAUUACACUCUGUAAAACACUGGUGCUAUUUCAAUUCUUAUUUAAAAACACUUCUAAAAACAGCCAGGCGCCCUAAUAUUACAGAAGUUAGAGAAGCUUUAAACUGUAGCAACCAAAUGACUCCUUAUCUAUUGAAGUAUCAUCAACCAAUCAUUAUGUCUUAAAAAAAAAAAAAAAAAAAAUGUUACUAAGUUAUUACAAUCCUUGGUGAUAUUUUGUCAAAACACUUUGAAAUACAUUAUAGCCUACUGUUGUAGUAGCUAUUUCAUUGUGUGCCUAAAAUGUAACCAUUACCAAGAUUAUUUCUUCUUGACGUACAGAAGUAUCCCCCGUUUUGAUACAUCGAUGAAAUAGUUACCCAGGCUUGGAAGUGUGGCUGUAAUAAACUGAACUAAAGAUCUUUUUAAUAGGUUGAUGCCAGGUAUCCAUUCUUGCCAAGUUGAGGUUCUCUGGCUACCCUCCCCCCCUACACAGUUAUACCAAGGGGAGAAUCUUUUUA